CCCUGCCACCAGCCCCUGCCACCAGCCCCUGCCACCACAGCCAUGGAGGCCAUCAAGAAAAAGAUGCAGAUGCUCAAACUGGACAAGGAGAACGCCAUUGACCGGGCCGAGCAGGCAGAGGCGGACAAGAAAGUAGCAGAGGACAAGUGCAAACAGGUGGAGGAGGAGCUGACGCACCUCCAGAAGAAGCUGGAAGGGACAGAGGAGGAACUGGACAAGUCCUCGGAGGCGCUCAAGGCCGCGCAGGAGCAGCUGGAGCAGAGCGAGAAGAAGGCCUCGGACGCUGAAGGAGAUGUGGCGGCCCUCAACCGUCGCAUCCAGCUGGUGGAGGAGGAGCUGGACAGGGCACAGGAGCGGCUGGCCACGGCCCUGCAGAAGCUGGAGGAGGCAGAAAAGGCUGCAGACGAGAGCGAGAGGGGAAUGAAGGUGAUCGAAAACCGAGCCAUGAAGGACGAGGAGAAGAUGGAGAUCCAGGAGAUGCAACUGAAGGAGGCCAAGCACAUCGCGGAGGAGGCCGACCGCAAAUACGAGGAGGUGGCUCGGAAGUUGGUCAUCCUGGAGGGAGAGCUGGAACGCGCUGAGGAGCGUGCCGAGGUGUCCGAGCUGUGAUGUGGGGACCUGGAAGAGGAACUCAAAAAUGUCACUAACAACCUGAAAUCGCUCGAGGCUGCCUCUGAAAAGUAUUCUGAAAAGGAAGAUAAGUAUGAAGAAGAGAUUAAACUUCUGUCCGACAAACUGAAGGAGGCCGAGACCAGGGCUGAAUUUGCUGAGAGAACAGUUGCCAAGCUGGAAAAGACAAUCGACGACCUGGAAGAAAAACUGGCCCAAGCCAAAGAAGAGAACGUGGGUUUACACCAGACUCUGGACCAGACACUAAACGAACUGAACUGUAUAUAACCAAAGCCAGAAGCUGGGUUCCAACAGAGACGCCAGAGCGCCCCGACUUUCUCUCUUUUCUUGUAAGAAGUCUCUUUUGUCACUGCAUCUUCCUCGCUUUGCUGGAAAUGUCGAGCAAAUUAGGAUUUCAUGACCAAAUAUUUUAUCUCAGACCAGCUAUGAGCACGUUUAUCUACUUCCUUCCUUCUUACUUUUUUUAAUGGCACCAGCUUCUCCAGCUGUCUUCCUAAGAUAGGCAGGGUAUUUCACACUGGGCAUCCUCUGUUAAGAUCUAUGGCAUUUAGUUCUGGGAUAACAACCCCGUAUUUUCAAGAACAGACUCCAAUCACCUAGUCACAGGUUGACUGAAAAUUAAAAUUCUGAAGGUCACCCUUUCUGGUGAAGUUACAGGAGCCUAGGGACUGUCACAAUGAAGUGGGUGAAAAGUUUCCAUCCAAAGCAGGGGGAAAGGGCUCUUGUGGGAAGUCAAGGCCUCAAUCUCGGACAACCUAGUCACCUUGUCUUCACUCCAAGGCCCAGGACAAAUGUCCUUUGAGUAGUCGGUGCCAGAAUGCUUACCAAAUGGUCACAGUGAUUACUCAGAUAUUUUUGGGAUCGAUCCUUGAUGUUAAGUUCUUCUACCUGGAUCUCCGUCAAGUUGCUCUCUGAGGACCAAUAAUGUCUCCUUCCAGUCAUGCCACACGCUCAGCUCUCAGGCCUCCGCUCAGCAGGUGCGUGGUAGACGGCAGGACCACCUCACCAACACUGCUGCCGGUCUCCUAAAAAUUGAGCAAGAGAGGGGGUUUUGGUUUUGUUUCGGGUAACAGGUGUCUUUCCGGCAGCACAGCAGAGAUCAGAAAGGGAGUUGGCCUAAUUUCAUCUCCAUAGUUCAGUUGAACGUUUACUUACCUAGGGUUGAAAUUCCUCUCGUGGGACCAAGCUGACUUAAAAAAAAAAAAAAGACCAA